CCAUUGGAUAACGGUGAUAAUUUUCAAAACAACCUAUCAGCGCGAGCCUUGUUGAGAGGCGCCUGGUUGUGCUUUUACUUUAGUGUCUUUUUUGAAACCGAAGAUACUGGAAAAAUACGAUGACUGGAUCCAACGAGUUUAAGUUAAGCCAGGCCCCUGAAGAUGGAAUUUCCGCUGUCAAAUUCAGCCCAAGUUCUUCCCAGUUCCUGCUGGUCUCUUCCUGGGACACAUCUGUCCGUCUUUAUGAUGUGUCUGCAAACACUAUGAGACUGAAAUACCAGCACACAGGGCCAGUAUUGGAUUGUGCUUUUUAUGAUCCUACUCAUGCCUGGAGUGGAGGUUUGGAUCAUCAGUUAAAAAUGCAUGAUCUGAACACAGAUGGAGAUACUGUAGUUGGAAGUCAUGAUGCACCCAUUAGAUGUGUGGAGUUUUGCCCAGAGGUGAAUGUAAUAGUGACUGGAAGUUGGGAUCAGACUGUGAAACUGUGGGAUCCACGCACACCAUGCAAUGCAGGGACUUUCUCUCAGCCAGAUAAGGUGUACACACUGUCUGUGUCAGGAGACAGGCUUAUUGUGGGCACUGCUGGUCGGAGAGUACUGGUGUGGGAUCUUCGGAACAUGGGUUAUGUGCAACAGAGACGGGAGUCCAGUCUUAAGUACCAGACAAGAUGCAUCAGAGCAUUCCCUAACAAACAGGGCUAUGUGCUAAGUUCUAUUGAAGGCAGAGUUGCUGUGGAGUACUUGGAUCCAAGUCUGGAAGUUCAGAAGAAGAAAUAUGCAUUCAAGUGUCACAGACUGAAAGAGAAUAAUAUUGAACAAAUCUACCCCGUCAAUGCAGUAUCCUUCCACAGCAUGCAUAAUACUUUUGCUACAGGUGGUUCCGAUGGUUUUGUAAAUAUAUGGGAUCCCUUCAAUAAAAAGCGUCUUUGUCAGUUCCAUCGCUACCCAACAAGCAUUGCUUCCCUAGCAUUCAGUAACGAUGGAAACACUCUGGCAAUUGCUGCCUCCUACAUGUAUGAAAUGGAUGACAUUGAGCACCCCGAAGAUGCAAUCUUUAUUCGCCAAGUGACAGACGCCGAGACAAAGCCCAAGUGAGGCAGCUUCACCUGCCUCUCCUCCCCCAGCAUGAAGAUUUUAUUAAUUUUCCCUUGGCUUAUGAAUAGCAUUAUUGAUGUUAAGGGGAGAUAACCGUGGCUGACUGUAGGGCUGGGGGAGAUUUUAUCACAUCUUUCCAAGCUUUCAAUAUCCGUCAGUUGAUAGACGUCUGACAGAUAAAAUUAUGCUCAGUUGUUUUAUACAGAAGCGUGUCGACCUCCUCUGCAUUUCUCGGCCUUCAUUAUUUCAUCUGAAGGACUUCUUAAUGUUGACUUUGCUUAAAAAUGCAAUCGUAUUGAAUGUUGGUGACAUGUAAUCCGAUCUCUGCGCAUUUGUAACUAUUUCAUUACCAACACUUGUGCUUCGUUAUGUGCUGAUUUUUAUCCUUAAUAAAAAUACAGUAUGUUUUUGUGUUUUUUCUUAGUGAA